AGGUCUGGAGCGAAGGAUGCUGGGAGGUGGGUCUGGAUUUCGGCUCGGCGGAUGCUGGGAGGUAGCGACCGGUAAAGUGCUGUGUAACGCUUGAAGUCGAGAGCGAUUUAUUUUUGCCGCCGUCAUGCCGGAUUAUCUGGGAAGUGACCAGCGUAAAGCCAAAGAGGAAUCCAAAGAAGACGAUAAGCCGAUCCGAGCACUUGAUGAAGGAGAUAUCGCCCUCCUGAAAACCUAUGGUCAGAGUACCUAUUCCAGACAGAUCAAGCAAGUCGAGGAUGAUAUCCAACAGCUUCUCAAGAAAAUUAACGAGUUGACUGGUAUCAAGGAAUCUGACACCGGCCUGGCUCCUCCAGCAUUAUGGGACUUAGCAGCAGACAAACAGACUCUUCAGAGCGAGCAGCCUCUGCAGGUUGCAAGAUGUACAAAGAUUAUAAAUGCAGAUUCUGAAGAUCCCAAAUACAUCAUUAAUGUGAAGCAGUUUGCAAAAUUUGUGGUUGACUUAAGUGACCAGGUGGCUCCCACUGAUAUUGAGGAAGGAAUGAGAGUUGGUGUGGAUCGAAACAAAUACCAGAUACAUAUUCCACUGCCACCAAAAAUUGAUCCUACUGUUACCAUGAUGCAGGUGGAAGAAAAGCCAGAUGUUACCUACAGUGACGUAGGUGGUUGCAAAGAACAGAUUGCAAAAUUGCAAGAGGUUGUGGAAACUCCUUUAUUACAUCCGGAGCUUUUUAUAAACCUUGGUAUUGAACCACCAAAAGGAGUGCUGCUGUUUGGACCACCCGGAACUGGCAAGACUCUCUGUGCACGAGCUGUGGCUAAUCGGACAGAUGCUUGCUUCAUUAGAGUGAUAGGGUCAGAACUAGUGCAGAAGUAUGUGGGAGAGGGUGCUCGAAUGGUUCGUGAACUUUUUGAGAUGGCCAGAACAAAAAAGGCGUGCUUAAUAUUCUUUGAUGAGAUUGAUGCAAUAGGAGGUGCUCGUUUUGAUGAUGGUGCUGGUGGGGACAAUGAAGUUCAACGUACAAUGCUGGAGCUUAUUAACCAACUUGAUGGUUUUGAUCCCAGGGGUAACAUUAAAGUACUGAUGGCCACAAACAGGCCUGACACCUUAGAUCCAGCUCUGAUGAGGCCUGGACGUUUAGACCGCAAAAUUGAAUUUAGUUUGCCAGAUCUUGAGGGCCGAACUCAUAUUUUCAAAAUCCAUGCACGCAGCAUGAGUGUGGAAAGAGACACGAGGUUUGAACUGCUAGCUCGGUUAUGUCCAAAUAGUACAGGAGCUGAGAUCCGUAGUGUUUGCACUGAAGCUGGGAUGUUUGCUAUCAGAGCUCGCCGAAAGAUUGCCACUGAGAAGGACUUCUUGGAAGCUGUGAACAAAGUUAUUAAGUCAUAUGCCAAGUUCAGCGCUACCCCACGAUACAUGACCUAUAACUAAUUCAACUGUAAACAUUUUCUCUGUGACUACAAUUAGUCAUUUGUGCUGUUGACUAGUUCUAUAAAAUGUGAUGUUUUUGAUUAUCUUUAAAUGUAUUUAAUAACGGCAUUUCAGUAGAAAUAAAUCAACUUGUCUACUUAAACACUUUAAGGAAUCUGAUUUGUAGAAGAAUUUUAAACGGGUACGGAUUUAAAAUCCUAGCAUGCUUCUGGGUUACUUUGUAAUAGACUUGCCUUUAAAUGUGAAGUUUGGUGCCCCAUAUUGGGUCCUGAGUGUUAUUAAAAAGGUAAUGUAGUGUCACCUUCUGAAUUAGACACUAAAGAGGACUGCUUUUUCAGGUAAGUAUUGCUCCACAUUCCAGCAUUCGCCAUCUUGAGUCUCCUUUUUCAGUGGAAGUUGAAGCAAAAUCUACUUAAAGAAUAGUUGCUUUCCUGUGAGAGACAUAAUUCCCAUUGCAAAGUAAAAUUAAUCAUUCAGUUUGUUUAUGGACCCUGGUCACGAGAAAAUUGACUACCACAAUGGACUACAGAAUAAAUGUAUUGGUAUUGAGACAUGGUGGUUGUUAGCAGAGAACCAAAAUGUAAAUUAAAAAAUGCAAUAGCAUAACAAACCUAAUUGUAAUUAUACUGUAGCCAGGAAUGAUAAUAAAUUCUUUUGAGGAAUAAGUCCUGGUAUGUAUAUAAUCUUUUGCAUAUCCUUGGCAACUAUUAAAGUCACAUUUCUAAGAAUGAUUAACAUAUUUCCAUAUAGAUAAAUUAUGUAACAUUUAUAAAAAGACAUUCAUAACCACAGAUGUUAUACCAAGUUCUCCCAGACUACUUGGAUUAGCAAUUCGUUUACUUGUUUUCCCCUUAUAUUUCAAAUGCAAGGCAUACCAAUUUAACAAAUCAUUGAUCUGAACUUAAUAUACAAAUCUAGGUGUCACCAAAAUUUAUGAGGCCCACUUCUUAGGACAUCUUGGUUGAAUGCCUAAAGCAGUCAUAAUAAAAACAAAAUGCUGGAACUGCAUAGUGGGUCAGAGAAUUAAUGUGGUUUAUGACAUUGCUUUGCAAAGGAAAUAAAUUUUUUAAAAUGAAGUUUUGUGUAAUAGACAAGCAGAGAGAGCAAAAGCAAAUUUCUGAUAGUAACAAGGUAAAAGAAGCAAAGAGAAACCUUAUUGGAAGAUGAAGCAGAAUUUUUCUAGGCUUGCAUUUGUAUUGUUUAACAUUGUAUUCCUGGAAGAGAAGUGAGGAUGAAUAAAAUCAGAAUCGGGUUUAUUAUUA